AUGGGCGCCGUCUGCUGCAAGCCCGAGGUGAUCGACUUUGACGGUCCCGUCGACCUGUACCACUUCUACCUGCUCCGAGCCGUCGGCAAGGGCGCCUUUGGCAAGGUGCGCGUGGUGCAGCACAAGCAGACCAAGGACCUGUAUGCGCUCAAGUACAUCAACAAGGCAAAGUGCAUCAAGAUGCGCGCGGUGUCCAACAUCAUCCAGGAGCGCAGGCUGCUCGAGGAGAUCGACUCGCCCUUUGUGUGCAACCUGCGCUACGCCUUCCAGGACGACGAAAACAUGUUUAUGGUGCUCGACCUCAUGCUCGGCGGCGAUCUGCGCUUCCACCUCGACCGCACGGGCAACAUGAGCGAAGACGUGGUGCGCUUCUACGUCGCCGAGCUCGCUCUGGGUCUCGACUACCUCCACCGGCUGCAGAUCGUGCAUCGCGACCUGAAGCCCGACAAUGUGCUGCUCGACGAAAAGGGCCAUGCGCAUCUGACGGACUUCAACAUUGCGGUGCACUUUUCACCCCGGCGGCCGCUCACCAGCAUCGCCGGCAGCAUGGCGUACAUGGCGCCCGAGGUGCUCACCAAGCGCGGCUACCUCAGCUCCGUCGACUGGUGGUCGCUCGGCGUGGUGGCGUACGAGCUGCUGUUUGGACGACGCCCCUUCCGCGGCAAGACCAACUCGGCGCUCACCCACUCCAUCCUCAACGACCGCUGCACGUUUCCGGACAAUGUCGAGAAUCUCGUGAGCCGCGAGACGGUGAGCUGCAUCAAGAGCCUGCUCGAGCGCGAUCCGCGCAAGCGUCUCGGGUGUCGCAGUGGCAUCGACGAGUUCAAGACGCACGCCUGGUUCGCCGGCAUGGACUGGCCCGCCAUGGAGGCCAAGCAGGUGCCGCCGCCGUUCGAGCCGGACUCGAAGAAGGCCAACUUUGACGCGACGCACGAGCUGGAGGAGCUGCUGCUCGAAGACAACCCGCUCAAGGCCAAGAAGCGCAAUGGCAAUGCGGAUUUCGACGCGCUCCCGCCCGAGAUGCGCCAGAUGGAGGAGCACUUUUUACCGUUCGACCAUCUCAAGCAGCGCCGCAAGUCGUACUUUCGCGGCACGCGCGCCAGUGGCGCCACCGCUGCAGCGGCCGCGUCGAACGGGCAAGCACCACCGCAGGCGCAACAGGGCCCGGCGGGCGAGCACGAGCUGUCGCAGAUCUCCUCGGUCGCACAUACGCUCCAGGACCAGCCGCUUUCGGAAACCGCACCCGCGCCGGCGACACCGGCGGGGGAAGCGCAGAGGCUGACGCCCGUGCCGCACGAGGGUAGGGCGAGAUCCGCAUCGCCCUCCGGCUCGUUUGGGGUCGAGCGGUACAGCGAGAAGAACGACCAGCUUGCGGUGCCUGCCGCGACGUAUGGGCGUGCGGGCGGCAGUGGCAAUGCGCCACCGCAGCCCGAGAUCGAUGAAAAGGCCGCCAGCGGCCGUAUGUAG